AAUGGCUGCUUUGGGUUUGUUACGAAAUUCGACAUCGGCAUUAUUUCGCAGAUCCUUGGUGAAAACUACACCAACUAUUGUCUCUGUCAGGCAUGGAAGAUGGCAUCCCGGGGAAACCCCACUAGAAGAGUUCAAGUCCCCUGUAGGUUUCUAUGCAGGCACUGAUCAAAACUGGGUUGUACCUGAUUUCUCUUCUUCAGUUUAUGUGGAAAAAGGAAUCAAGGGAAUGGAGAUUAACUUUGGACCACAACAUCCAGCAGCUCACGGUGUACUACGACUUUUACUCAGUAUGGAUGGAGAAACUGUAGGUAGAGCAGAUCCACACAUUGGCCUUCUCCACAGAGGAACAGAAAAGCUGAUUGAAUACAAAACCUACCUGCAGGCGUUACCUUACUUUGAUCGUCUUGACUAUGUGUCAAUGAUGUGUAAUGAACAGUGUUUCUCUCUGGCUGUUGAGAAACUCCUAAACAUAGAGGUUCCUAUACGUGCAAAGUACAUACGUACAUUGUUUGCUGAGAUAACCCGUAUCCUAAAUCACAUUAUGGGUGUAGGAACACAUGCUCUUGAUGUUGGCGCCAUGACACCAUUCUUUUGGCUUUUUGAAGAGAGAGAAAAGAUGAUGGAGUUCUAUGAGAGAGUAUCUGGAGCAAGAAUGCACGCAGCUUAUGUCAGACCUGGAGGUGUGUCACAGGACUUGCCCCUCGGACUUUUGGACGACAUCUAUGAGUUUAUUGAAAAGUUUAACCAGCGUCUGGAUGAGGUGGAAGAGCUACUUACCAUGAACAGACUUUGGAAACAGAGGACAAUAGAUAUUGGUAUCGUUUCUGCUCAGGAUGCUAUGAAUUUUGGCUUCAGUGGCGUGAUGUUGCGAGGUUCUGGCAUUAAAUGGGAUCUGAGAAAGGUGCAGCCUUAUGACGCCUAUCAUUUGGUGGAUUUUGAUGUUCCUAUUGGCGUAAAUGGCGACUGUUAUGACAGAUAUCUUAUUCGAAUGGAGGAGAUGAGACAGAGUUUGAGAAUUAUUCACCAGUGUUUGAACGAUAUGCCUGAAGGUGAAAUCAAGGUGGAUGACAAUAAAAUUGUGCCCCCAAGUCGAGCUGAAAUGAAGUCAUCUAUGGAGGCCCUUAUCCAUCAUUUUAAGUUAUAUUCUGAGGGAAUGCGUGUACCUCCUGGUUCUACUUACACUGCUGUAGAAGCACCCAAGGGUGAGUUUGGAGUAUAUUUGGUAUCUGACGGUACAAACAAGCCCUACCGGUGUAAAAUCAGAGCUCCUGGAUUUGCACAUUUGGCGGCUUUGGACGUGGUCGGUAAGCGACACAUGUUGGCAGACAUCGUUGCCAUUAUUGGUACCAUGGAUGUAGUGUUUGGCGAGGUGGACAGAUGAACUGGAUCAAGACCAGUGUGUACGGAUGUGUGUAUUUAAACUGUUUCUUGUUCAGAUAUUCACUUCUAUACCCUUUGAUUUGCAAUGGACCUGCCUACUUUAAAGGUUUUGGUACUGUCCAUUAUAACAGAGGGGAAAGAGGGCUGUAGAGACAUGUGAAUAACAGUCCUGUGAUAAAAUAGGGAAAUUUUUGAUGAAGUACCGAAGAAAAAUGAUCUUCGUCACAUUCAACAAAAAGAACUUCCAUAUAGAAAAAAUUACUAAAGUAAAAAUAAAUUUGAAAAGACAUUUAUCAAAGACAGAAAAUGCCUCAUGUCAUCAAGUUUUAAAACAGCUUUGGAGAGAGAAGAUACAUUAUUUUACAUGUUUGUGGAAUAUUUUCUGUUUUGUGUGGAAGCAUUGUUGUUAUGUGAUAUACAAUUUAAAAGCUUAGUUUUCAAAUUAACUUGUGUGUUGAUUUAAACACAAGGGCAAAUGAAAAUAAAGAAAUGGUUGAAUAG